GUCUUAUCAAUUAUACAUAAGUUUACUUCUGGUUGCAGCAAGGUACAGUCAACAAGGCUCCACCCUCACUAUGCACAAGACAGCCUUAUACACACAGCGCUCUAUUCAAUAUAAUAAUAAUAUUCAUUAGUCGAACACCUUGUCUGUCUCCUGCAAAAAUAGUAGCUCGCACGCACCGCUGGCUAUCACAGGCUAUUUCUGGCCAGGAAAAAGGAAGACAAUUUUCUCGCGUAAGCUUCCUUCCUCGCUCAGUCGUCAGCAGCAUUGCAACGCAGCUCACCUCCAACCCUCCUUCCACAGCCCUCUUGGCACCACAAAGUGUAUUCUGCCACGCCGCAUCAACAAAUUUGACCCUGAAAACACUUACAGGCCAUUCAUAACAGCCUCAGGACUUCAUCGACAAACUGCACUGUACUGUGAUAUUCAUCUUGAAAAAGGUUAUUCAUUGCACUGCCUUCGCACCCCACUGCUGCUCCCCACACCCACACAGCCUCCACAUCCUCCCUCCACCAACUACUAAUCGACUGCAUCUACAUCACAGCGCCUUAUUUUAGCACCACACAAACUCCACAUCGCCGCCGCCACCAGCCACUGGUCUGAGUUCCUUCCCAACACCCUCUGGCCAGCACUGGAUACGCUUCCUUAAGUGGAGUCUCUCUCCUCGAGGGAAGCAGUCAUGCGGCUGCCGUCACGUGCACCUCUCACGCUCUUCUACACCUGGGCAGCCGUCCUGACUCUGCUGGUGGUGCACCUCUGGAGGGACCCCCAGCCCCCCGCCGCCCCGCCCCGCGCCACACGUACCUGCCUAACCUGCUUCCGCAAUCUGCUGCGCCACCCGGUGAAGUGGAACGACAAGCGACUCCUGCAGCACCUUAGGAACAGUCUGGAGCCUCCCUCGUCCUUUCUCCCUCUUGGCCGCGGCCCUUCCCCCGCCCAACCACCCUGGGCUGGCGACGUGUCCUACAACUAUACCGAGAAAGCCAUUCGGAGCUUGUUUGGUGGAAUGCCCGGGGGCGGCGUGUUCGUGGAGGUGGGGGCGCAGGAUGGCCUGUGGCUCAGCAACACGUGGUGGCUGGAGGCAGAGCGGGGCUGGCGGGGGCUACUGAUCGAGGCUGAUCCACAAAACUACCUCAACUUACGGAUGGCACCGAGAAACUCCACAACCCUGGCGGCCUGCGUCACCGCCUCGCUGCUCACCAAGCAGGAGGAGAUGGUGAGAGGAAUCAACACAGGGAACGUAAAUAAAGAGGCUCGUAGACUACAACAAGGACACACCCAACUCAAAACGUUUGCCACAGACACGGACCUGUACGCCGGGGAGACCUUCACCACCACCUGCUACUCGAUCUUCUCCGUCCUCGCCGCCGCUGGACUCCGGGAGAUUGACUUGCUGACAUUCGAUGUGACGGGAGGAGGAUUCACUCUGGUGGACGAGUUUCUAACGACCAACAAACUGCUCGGAGAUAAGUUUCGAGUCGAGAAUAUCUUGUACCAGGACAACGACCUGGCACAGCUUUUCAGCCUUGAGGGUCUCCAGGACGACCUCAAAAUAUAUGGCUACAGCUUUUUCCAGCUCAGCCCGGGGCACUACCUCCUGUACAGGGGCUCCACCGAGGUGGUCAUGGUGGACAACUAACAGAACUUAGCUGAUGGUGGUGGUGGUAGUGACGAUAGACCAAAAGAAAUGCAAAGACCUUUCUGUCGUGAUUUCGGAUAAGAGUAUGCUCUGUUUACAUGCAAUACCGGCCCCCUCCUACAUCGAGUGCACAUCGAAGGCCACUGCCACGCCUUCACUCUGCUCCAGGCUGCACGGGGCUGGUGGACGAUGGGAAGCUUUAAAUGGUAUUGGCGAGGAUGCGGGGCUGGCGUCGACGAGACAUUAAAAAAAAUAACCCGGAACGUUACAGUCAAUCACAGCCCAAAAUCGUAAACUUAAUCUGACUAUACGCUGACCCGUCAACAUUUUGUGAUGUUAAAUAUUUACAUAAGUUAUUAACUUUUUAUCUCACACUCACAAAAUUUAUUUGCUUUCAAAUGUAUUUUACCUUUUCACAAGUAUAUUUUAUCCUUAACAAAUUUUGUAUUAGAUUUAAUUCACUACCUUUGUCACUUGUUUUAGUUUCCUAUUAAAGCGUUUCAGUCCUAUUUGUAAAUAUAUAUAUAUAUAUAU